GAGGGAAGGCAGGGGAGGAUCCUCAGACACAAAAACAAAAACGGGAGGGAUUUCAGGAGGGGAGGAAGCAACUGGGGCCCUCCUCUGGAUCCCGCAAUGGACCCAAGACGGGAGCUGCAGCCGCUGCCUUGUAUCGUGCACCGCACGCCUCAGGUUCUACAAUAGCCUGAUAACUUGGAAUGGCGAACGCAUUUGCUGAUAUCAGUUGAGAAGAGGAAACAGAGUAGACUGGCUGUGGCCUCUGGUGUGUUGGACAUUUUUGAGGCCAAUAAGUGAGCCCAAGAAGACGGGGAGUGGGAAGAAGAAGUCCAGUGGAAGUGAAGUGAGGUGAGGUGAAGAGUGGAGGCCGAGUGCCGAGUUGCCAUUACUGCGAGCCCGCUCCGGGCUUUUUGGCUGCCUUCCUGUCUGUUGACUGCGAGCGAGGAGUGAUUGAGUGAGUGAGCGACGGAGCGAGUGUGCGUGCGUGCGUGCGUCGAGUCCCUCCUACCUGUAACAAUCCCGUUUACUGCUGCUGCUGCUGCUGCCGCUACUACUACUACUACUACUGGCUCAGAGCAAGGAACGGAGCAUACAUUCUGGGAUCAUCGGAGGAAGGAAGGAAUCUCCGGAAGGUCCGAAAAGCACGACCGCAGUUCUGGGCUGCUCGUAAUUAGACGCAGUAACACUUGGGCGUUCAGAACCGUCCCUGAUCUUCGGCACGUUCUUUCGAUUUAUAGCAAUCUCGGACGCCGCAGCUUGUUUUGCGGGCUGAAUGUUCAUGUCGAUCCUGUCUCGGGAGGUAAUCCUCUUCUGAGCGCUCACUCUUCUCUGGACUUCGUGAGACCACCCCUUCACUGCACUUGAGGUUCGCUUCGAUCGUCGUCGUCAGAGCAAUCGCAAUCUCCUCAUGAUCCACAGCAUCUGUCCCACAUAAAAUUGCCCAUCCCAGCCUCGUCCGCGGACUUCGUACUGAGAUGGAAUUUAUCAGACCCAGCUUCCACCCGACGAGCCCAAAUCGUCCCGGAAUUCUGGACUGAGCUGACUGUAGACCGCCUGCGUCGUCCGUCUUCUGCUGUCUGCCAUCGAUCAGUCUGAGAGCAAUUUCCUUCACAGAACUCUGUCUGAGAGCCUGUGCGCGCGAGGAGACGAUUCUCAUUGCCCUGCCAGCCCGCGUUUCAGGACGAGAGCUUCUGAGCCUGCCGAAGAAAUUUGUGACAUUCUCCGCUCGCUCGUACUGAGCUUGGGAAAUGGCAGCUGCGUCCCUCUUCUACGAGGGCUAUGACCAGAGGUGGAUUCUCGGUCGAGACAAAGGCCCUCCCAUCGAGCCCAAGCCGAAGGCGGCCGAAGGCGGCAAGGGCGGUGGUGGAGGGGGAGGAGGAGGAGGAGACAAAGGUGGAGGGGGUGGUGGUGGUGGAGGCGGGGGUGGAGGUGGAGGUGGAGGGGGAGGAGGAGGAGGCGGAGGCAAACAAGGAGGAGGAGGAGGUGGAGGAGGCGGAGGGCCUCCCCCACCGAUCGAAUUGAAAGUGCCACUCUGCUGCGAAGGAUGCGUGGAGAAGAUGAAGGAUGCGUUCACCGACUUGGAUGGAAUGGAGUCCGUGAAGGUGGAUGAAAAUGUGGGCAAGGUGACGAUCACCGGGAAGGUGAAACCGGAGGAAUGCUUGAAGAUGGCCAAGAAGGUGGUGAAGCGGUCGGAGAUGUGGCCCAAGAAGAAAGAGGAGGAGAAGAAGGACGGCAAAGGAGGAGGAGGAGGAGGCGGAGGCGGCGGCGGAGACGGAAAGAAAGAUGAGAAAAAGAAUGGUGGGGGUGGCGGUGGAGGGGGAGGUGGUGGCGGUGGAGGUGGUGGAGGUAAAGGAGGUGGUGGUGGUGGAGGAGGAGGAGGAGGAGGAGGUGGCGGAGGUGGUGGAGGAGAAAAACCACCAGCAGCAGCAGGGGGUGGUGGAGGUGGAGGUGGAGGUGGAGGAGGUGGAGGUGGAGGUGGUGGUGCACCGAAGAAAGAAGAGGGUCCAACUUCCGUUGAGUUGAAGGUGACCGUAUGCUGUGAGGGGUGUGCUAACAAGCUUUUCUCCGCAAUCAAAGGCAUCGACGAUGUGACGGAUGUACACAUCAGCCAAAGCAAAAUCGUCGUGAAGGGAAAGGCAAAACCAGAGAAAAUUCUGAGAGUCGCACAGAAGAUCAAGCCUGCUGCAGAGCUGAUUCCCCCACCGAAGAAGAAGUAGUGAUGAAGUGGCCGAUGGACCUCAUUUCAUAUUCUGACCUCUCUGCAGAUCAUAUACGUACAGUCCUACUUUUUGUAGCAUAACUCCAGAUUACGAGAUGGCUUCAUUCGAUUUGGAUGAUACUUACCGUAACCUCUGCGAAGAAUUCUCCUCAAUCUUAUGUACAACUGAGUAAUUUUUUUCCCUUGCGGCUCCCCUGGCAGAUUAUUAGUGUCACCGAGGAUAUAGUAGAUUGUUCUAGUUACAGCGGGAUACUUAUCAUAACCAAAAGCAUCUACCCUGUUAUCGGGAGGCUCAAAUUGAUUCCUCGCAUUAUGCUCCCACCUAUAUAAAGUUUUUUUGAUCUGUUCGCUCC